AUGUCGUUCGAAAUUUCACCGUCGACCCAUCUGGCAGGACUUCGCCCGGCGUUGGGUAGAUGGCAACGCUUCUUGAAGGACAAGCGUGAGUCUUUUUACAAAGACACAUCAGACAAGACCAAGAAAGAAGCCGAAGCCGAAGCCGGCGAAGCACAAGAAGCCGGUAUUCUCGAAACAAGUUGUGGGACUGGAGUGAUGAUCGAGACUCCUGGAAGCACAGAGGGCACACCAGAAGACUUGUCCUCACAGGCUCAUGUCCAGUCAGAGGCUACCUCACCACCUUCUUCCAUGACUUUCAGUGAAGCAGAGCUUACCACUGCUGUUGUGAAUGCCAUUGCGCUCAACAACACCAAAUGGCGACAGGAGACUGUACGUUUGAAGGUCAAGCAUAGGCAGCAGAUGUCACAGAUGAGGAGAAAAGCCGCUAGAUCACGGUCUAUGCUAGCGCAGCGUCUCUACAAACGCCAAUCUGCCCAGUCUUCUCGAGGACCGAUCCAUGAAGUGGCUCAGCUACAGAUGAGACUACAAGAGGCCGAGAUUACUAAAGAUGAGUUCGAAGAGAACGUUAAAGAGCUACGAGAAACUUUGGAAGCAGCAGGGUAUUCGUACAUGAUACUCCAACGAGACGUAAAUGAACUACGACGUAUCAUUUUCCCGAGGGCUCUCAAGAUAGAAAUGUAUCAUAGAAAACUUUAUUUCAGGAUGUUCGAAGAAAUGGACCGCCAGCGAGCGGUUACUCACGAGAUGUACGAUUACUUACGGCAGACGGAACGCUUCCUGAAGGACAAACAUCUUGAUGCGCGGGUUCGAAAGCGAGACGAAUUUACCGAUGUUGUGGACCAGAUCUUUGCAAUUAAAGAAGACGGUGAGGGUUUGGAGACAGAAAAAAAGAGAUGGUGGGGUCCGGAACGACAAAUUCCAGAACUGGACACAAUGAGCAUCUUGUUUGCACAGAUCCGGAACGAAUCCCACCCAUUCCCCGCGCUCAUCGCCCAGGCAAAAGCCGAUGUGGAAAAUGAAGAUGCUUUCCAAGCAGUCUUUCAAGAGUUCUGCACUGAAAAUCCGAUUGAGACACCACCAGAUACAGAUGCAGUAAGCGGUGAGCAACCACGCUCCGACGGUUUCGGGACCUAUGAUGAAGAAGCUGCGGGCGUCGAUCCCAACUCUUCACCACAACAACAGGCUCCUAAGAAAGAAGAACCAACAGGCUUCGUGAUUAGUGACGAAGAUAUAGACGAGUUGGUACAGUCCGAACGGGACACAAAAUCACCUGGAGAGUCAAGCGAGAGCGAGCAAGGACCAACAGAAGUCACGGCUGAGAUGGGAGCAUCAGAUUCCUCCUCAGCUCCGGAUCUGAACGGAACUGAUGACUCUGAUACGGGGCCAGAGUCGGGAGGUGCGCUGCUAGCCACAGAAGAAGUCGAUGAUCAGGGGAAAGAUGGUGAUGACUCUGAGAACCGUGCACCAGCAUCAAGUUUUGUUUCUCCAGGUACCUCUAGUCACCACGAGAAUGGUGCACCAGCAUCUGAAAUUACUUUCACAGAUCCCACCCAUCACCACGAGAGCCGUGCACCAGCAUCGGAAUUUACUUUCAGAGAUACCUCUCAUCACUACGAGAACCGUCCGGUGUUCCCAGAAUUCAACUUUACUCAAGAGACCUCUGCUGAGGGCGGGCAAGGAUCAGGGCCUUAUAAAUUUGGAUCAGCAUCAGCAGAAUUGACUGAGGCGUCUCCUGCAGCGGGAAAUACUCCUUUCUUCUUCACCGCACAGAAAGGUACAUCAAACGAAGAAGUGGUGAAUCCAAACGACUCCAAUAAUGGCUUAGGAUCCGAGAAUCUUGAGCCCCCGAAGACAUCUAGGGUACCAAACCCUUACGUCUCGGAUGAUUGUGAGGACGAAUCAGAGACCAGCGAGGAGCUGCAACCGUCAUUCACCAAUAUUGGCGAAGAUGUCCAAGUCUAUGAACUACCCUGCAUAGACACGAGCACCAUCUUUGAGACUGAAAACCUCCUAGAUGUGGUCCAAGAGCCGGGAGCAUUUCAGUCGGGUUGUCAGACCCACACAAUACCAUCCAUACAAACACAGGGAAUCUUUGAGCCAGAAAAGCGCUCAGAUCCAACUUGCGAGAGCAUCCAGUGGCUCUGCGAGAGUAUUGAGAAGGCCUUUUAUCCUGAACCAUCUCCCUCCGAAGAGAAAGUACCAGAGGUCGCGGAGAUGGCUGAAUUUGCCGAUUCUGAAGUGAGUGCCUCUGAAUCGUUGAAGACUGAAAACACAGUCUCCGAUCCAUCGAUGGCUUUACCGCAGAAUGCGGGCAUGGAGGAUAUCACAACCAAUUCAACACAGUCUGACCCACCAGCUCAAGGCGAACAUUCGAAGGGAUCGUCUCUCAAGACAUUUAAGGUGCCUAAGACGGAAGAGGAGAAAUCAAGGAUGCGGAAGGUGGUCAAGAAGACUGUGCGGAAUCUUGGUCGUGUGUGGAGCGCAUGA